GAGAGACAGAAAGAUAGAGAGUGAACCACGCUCUCUGGAAAUGGCUUCCAAUGUUGGUGCGCUUCUUCUUCUUCUUCUUCUCGCCGUCUGGAUAGGCUCUCCGAAGGUCGAAUCCCUUGCUCUCCAGGUAGAAGACGACGCCAUCUUCCGAUCCUCGGAUGGAUUUAGCUGCCCCUCUCCGGAUCCCUUGCUGUACUACCGGCCGGUGAUCGGGAUCCUGACUCAUCCCGGUGAUGGCGUCAAUGGGAGGCUGAGUAACGCCACGAACGCCUCCAAUAUCCCUGCUUCCUGUGUUAGGUUCGUCGAGUCGGGUGGCGCUCGCGUCAUCCCUAUCAUCUACAACGAGCCCGAAGAUCUCAUCAUCCAAAAACUCAACUUGGUGAAUGGCGUGCUGUUAACUGGUGGAUGGGCGAAAACAGGCUUGUACUAUGAUGUGGCGAAGAAAAUUUUUGAGAUAGUUUUGGCAAAAAAUGAUGCAGGGGAUCAUUUUCCUUUGUUGGCAGUCUGCUUGGGCUUUGAGCUAUUGAGCAUGUUCAUCAGCCAGAAUAAUGAUAUCUGUGAGAGAUUUUAUGGAGAAAUUCGAGCAUCUACACUUCAAUUCAGUAUUUCAGAAACCAAUGGAACUCUUUUCGAGAGAUUUCCUCCAGAUUUAUUGACUAAGAUGAGUAAAGAAUGCCUUGCCAUGCAAAAUCAUUUGUUUGGUAUCUCACCUAAAAGGUUGCAAGAGAACAGUGCACUGUCAAGCUUCUUCAAGAUUCUCACAACCACUGCUGAUACCAAUAAUGAGGAUUAUAUUUCUACUGCACAAGCUUACAACUAUCCUGUCAUUGCGUUUCAGUGGCAUCCUGAGAAAAAUGCUUUUGAUUGGGGAUCUAAUGAAAUUCCGCAUAGUGAAGAUGCAGUUCGAGUUACUCAAAACACUGCCAACUAUUUCAUCAGUGAAGCGCGGAAAUCUUCAUCCAGACCUGAUGAUCCAGUGAUGUUGCUAUCCCAUCUCAUUUACAAUCACAAGCCAGCUUAUGCAGGUGAAGGAUAUGAUGAAGUUUAUAUUUUCACAUGAUGUCUCAAUGCACUACGUUUGCUAGGAAAUUAUAAGGCCCGUUUGAAUCAUCACGCGGGUGUGCGUGUGUUUUUUAUUAUUUAUUUAUUUAUUAUUAAUAAUGUUUGAGCUGUACAGAGACUGCUUUUAAAUUAUACAAUUAUGUUUAAAGCCAUAUAGAAAUAUUUGAGGAAUA